AUGGCCAAGUACCGCACACUCAGCAGCCCUGCCACCAUGGUGCGCAGCUUCCCCACUGCCUCGUACAGACGGACCAGCCGGUGGUCCAUCGGCAACACGCGAUCGCUCGGGGCGUCCUGCAGCAGCAGUGAGAGGGCCGCACGCCGCGCGCCACCCUUCUCGCCGUCCUUCCCAGUGCUGCUGCCACCACCACCGCCAGUGGAUGACUGCGCGGCAGCAAUGGCUCGAUCAAGCACCGGUAGAAUGCCAUCGGCAAAGCGCAUGAGUGCGGAGUCAACGUCUAUGAGACUCUCGUCGGUAAUGCCUUGCGCAGACAUGUCCUUGGUAGAGCAGAAAAAGCGAUGGACUGCAGCGAAGUAUUUGACCAACUUCUGCUGCGUGUACAAGUGA